UGUUAUUGCAUCACGCGGAUCCGGAAAUUAAUUUUCUAAGGCUUUCUGGAAGGGCCGGGAAGCCUCAUAUAGAAGAAAAAUGUCUGAUACGGAGAAGAAGGGGUCUUCGGAAAGCCAAGUCACCGUGGUUAGAAAUGCGACGGACCUCCAGAGACUCAAGUUGGAGAAGUUGAUGAAAAAUGCGGAAAAACUUGCAUUCAUUCCCGAUCGACCAAAAGACAAGAAGUUCUCCGACCCAGCCGAGUUUGUGCGCAAUGUUAUGGGCUCAAGCGCGGGAGCUGGCAGUGGCGAAUUUCACGUCUAUCGGCACAUCCGGCGCAGGGAGUACGCACGUCAAGAAUUCCUCAACCAGAUGAAGGACAAGGAUAAUCUGAACGAUGUAUACCAUGAUAAAAUUGAGGAGAAUCGUCGUGCUUUAGAAGCUAAAACAGCCAAGAAAAGAGCGAAGAGGCAACGGCAGAAAGAGAAACAGGCAGCAAAGAGACAAAAGCUGAAGGAGAUGAAAAAGAAGGGAAUAACAGUCGAAAAACAGAGCUCGUCCUCGGAAAGCAGCGAAGAAGAGGAGGAAGAGGAAGAGAAGGAGGAGGAGGAGGAGGAGAAGGAGAAGGAGAAGGAGAAGGAGAAGGAGAAGGAGAAGGAGAAGGAGAAGGAAGAGAGAGUGAGGGAAGAAGAUGAUAAAGAUAAGGAAGAGAGGUUGAAGGAAGGGGAAGGAGUGAAGGGAAAGAGAGACAGAGAGAAGGAAGAUGAGAAUAACGAUAGUAAGAAACACCAAAAAAAGGAUGGGGAAGGAAUAGGUGACACAAGAGAAGAAAGCAAGGAGCAAAGAAGUGAGAGAUUAGAGAAAGAUGAUGAAAAAGGUGAGAAAUGAACAGUUAUGCAGAAAUAUAAAGGAGACUCAUAACAAAUUUGUUAAGGUGAAUGAAUGUUUUUGUUAAAAAAGAAAAAUAAAGAAAACUAAUAAAAUGAAAAUAAUAAGAUAAAUUGAUUUUGGUAUUCCUCAUUAACAUGGCUUCAUUGAAAAGACCAAGGAAAAAAAGAAAGAAAGAAAGAAAAGAAAAAGAAAACAAGGUGUCAUCCCCUCAAAACAAUUUUUUUUUUUAAAUCCUCACCAUUUAAAAGAAAAUUCUGCAUCAAAGAAUCAGUUGAACUUGUUGAAGCCAGGAGGACAUGUGUACAUACCCUGUCAACUGUAGUUUUGUGUAAUCAAUCUUGUUACACAUAGAUGGCUUCACUAACACCUAGUCACCAAGGAGUCAAUUCCUAAGCCUACUUUACCGCACUGGUUUAGCCUCUUACGUGAAUUUUUAGGGAGAAAGAUUGUUUUUUUAUUAUUAUUAUUAGUAUUAUUGUUAGUGUUUGUUACGUAGAAAUAAUGACAAUGAUGAUGAUGAUGAUUAUAAGAAAAUUGAUAAAUUAUAAUAAUUAUAAUGGUAAUAGAAUGAUAGCAACAGUAAUAGAGAUAAAAACAUUUUACUGAAAAGGAAUGGAGUAUAUAACUGAGGUCAAGUAUGCUUACUAACUGACUCCUUAGUGACUGAGCAAUAGAAGGAAUCGAUGUGUAAACAAAACUGAUUAAUAUGCCAAUAGGUUAAAUAACGUCUGGUUAUUGAAUGGGAUAUGAAAUGCAUAUAAAGAAGAAACCUCAUUAUUUGUUGAAAUUAGAUAUUCUGCAAUCACUAUUCUGAACACACACACACACACACAUACACACACACACACACACACACACACACACACACACACACACACACACACACACACACACACACACACACAAAUAUAUACUUUUUUACUUUUUUUAAAAAAUCUUUUUUGCCUAAGAUGAGAAUGUCCUGCAUCUUUUUUUUGCUGUUAGCUGGAUAAAAUGUGGGUUACAAAGAAUUGCACGAGCCAUGACAAAAGGACCAUCUAACUAGGAUUAUGCUAAUCAAACUUACAUAACCCAGUCUACUCAUACAAAAAGAAGACACUUGGUGUUGUAUUUGCACGACUGCUACGUCAUAUGAACAAGGAACUUCUGUAAAAUAUGACAAUGAUCAUUCAGUUAUGAGUAAUUGAGUAAUGUCUUUUGAAACAAUUUGAAUCCUAGUUGCAGAUAAUGUGCUCAAAUUGGAUUAAUUUUUUUUCUCUCUCUGUCUUUACAUGUGCCGAGUGAAUUUUAAUCCUUAUCAGAGAGAGCAGUUACAAGUUUAUAGUUGUCGUUGUUGUGUUGAACUAAGCAUUUUAUUUCAGACUCUGCAGAUUGUAGAUAAUUUACAAUGCAAGAAAAUUAUUACAAUACAAGGGAUUCUUUU